CGUUCUUACAGCGCAUCGUCCACGUAGCGUUUCAAGUACUCGCACAAAAUAUCCCGUAACGACACAUUGACAAGACAUAUCGCAACAUACUCGAGUAGACGCGUGAGUGCCGUAUUUCUCUCCUGUUUGUAAUCUUCUCCCAUUCUGGUGCAAAUUUUAUUUCUCUCGUGAAAUUUAUAUUGAUUCUCAAUUGAUAUGGAUCAAAUUAAGAAACUUACUGAGCCUGGUCGUCAGUUUGCCAAGGACAGUAUUCGACUUGUCAAAAGAUGUACCAAACCAGAUCGCAAAGAAUUCCAAAAGAUUGCUAUUGCCACUGCGAUUGGCUUCUGCAUAAUGGGCUUUAUAGGAUUCUUUGUUAAGCUAAUUCAUAUUCCAAUCAAUAAUAUCAUUGUAGGUUCAUAAAUUACAAUCUGAGAUUCUUGUUACUUUUAAGAAGAUAAUUGUUAAGGUCUCAUAAGGUUACUUCCGUUGUUGUAUGUCCCUCUAUUAUUUAUAACACAAAAAUAUGUUUAUUCUGUACUGAAUUGAUUUGGCAAGUGAGAUAAGUGAGAGAUGUGUGCAUAAUAUAUUAAUGAGUUUUAUAAUAAAAUAGUAACCUAAA